AUGCAGGAUCAGCAGCUACAAGAGCUAAUGGACGACAGACAGGUCAUAUUACCGUCUGAGCCCUUGACCUUCAGAAGCACUGAGACGUUGUUCCUGUGUAGCCCACCUUCAGUCUGCCACCCAGCAAAUGUAGCCGGAGAUGAUGGAUGUCACCCCCUGCCCUCUAGCCAUACAGGUAGCAUAGACCACUCUGCUGUACUGAUCAGUAGGAGAGCAGUGCAGGCAGGCGAGAGGUGCCCCUCUCACACCCUCUUGACCUCCUUGGUCCCACUGGCAGAGUGGACUCCUAUCAGACAGUGGCACAUGCCCACCUUCCGUGCCAAGGCUGAGCAGGAAUGGGAGAAUAGCCGACGAGAGCGCAGGUAG